AUGUUCCCCCCUACUGAAAGCAAAAGAGAAUGCAGGCGUAAGAAGGACGCUGAGCGCUGGCCUUUCUGUUCCGAUGCCUUCAUGAUUGGGCCCCCUAGCUGUACACUGAACGAUCUGCGCAGACCGCGACUGCGGAAGUGCCCAUUCGACAUCGGCAGUACCACCUGGAUCAAGCCUCUUGGAGGUGGUCUUGACGGCUAUUGCUGGAAAGUAAUGUUUGGGAAUGAGGGGCCAUAUGUGAUCAAGCUUUUCUGGGACAGGGAGCAAAGAUCUAGAGCUAGCUUUGCCUCGAAGCUUGAAUGCCGCAACGCCGCGCUUCUCCAGAUGAUGCAAACUGCGGUCGAGGAUGGAAAGGCGGUGGGCAUGCCCGUUUUGCUGAACCACAGAGCCAGAGCCUGGGUCGAAGCCAUUCAGAACAUUGAAUCCUUCUCGGUUGAAGAACGCCAAGACUCCGAGGCCCGCAUCAAGAGGGCAGCAGAACUGGACAUUAAACUACGCCCUUUUCUGUCCGUUCCACGCCUACGCAAAUGCUACGGCUGGUUGUCUAUCUCUGGCGAGAUCCUUGCUGGAUUACCUCAGCAACUUCGCCCACCGGACGCUGAGAUCAAGUGCAGAAGCACAAGAUGGCCGAACUGGGCCGAAGGCCCCGAUACAGAUUACAUGGCCAUCGUAUACGAGUACGUGGAGGAGGCCCCCAAUAGCCCAGCCGCAGUCCAGGAAGUGGUGGAUUUUCUCCAUCUCGCCGGCUUUACCAACACGUUGUCUCCCUGGACACGCAACUGGCAAGGCAGUGUGCUCCUGGAUAUAUUGGCCAUCGCUUCUCCGUACGAAUGGGCUUGGCGUACCGAUAAUUAUAUAAGGCUCAUCAAAGCGGAAUGGAUGCUGAGGACUUGA